UUUCCCUAUCAGAAAGCCCCAUGCCCCAUACCUAAAAAAAACCGGUCUGUUUUGAAUGUAGUUAUUGUAUACACAUGGGGACGAAGCCACUCAGUGGGAACCAGUAUUGCACACACAGGUGUACGUAACAAGGGUACGGGGCAAAAUGACAAGACGCGAAGCAAAAUACAAAAAAGUUAUGGCCCGGGCAAACUUUGUAAGAAAAGCGGAAGAAGCUUUACACUAAAGCAUUAUGUCUCCCUUCUGAAACAUAAUUAACUUCCGUAAAAUCAUAAUGCCCUUUUUUCGGUUGAUUGAAAUACGAAAUAUCUAUCAAAGUCAAUAUGAGUUGAACAUUAAAGUUUGAUCUGUUCCUAGUUCCGCACAUCCCAAGGGACUGCAGUGCCAUUCUACAAAGUGGACGGACAGAGUCAGGUGUAUACAAAAUCUAUCCGUUCUCCACGAGAUGCCAUGCAAUUCGCGUAUACUGUGACAUGGAGACGGCUGGUGGAGGAUGGACGGCAUUUCAAAGACGACUUCAUUGGUCUGUGAAAUUCAAUCGGACUUGGGAAGAGUACAAGAUCGGGUUUGGUAUCCCGGAAGUGGAUUAUUGGAUAGGAAAUGACGUAAUCCACCAAUUAACAAAGGGAAUCAACUCUUCUCUCCAUGUUGUCAUCAAGUUACCAACCGGUGAAACACUGUACGAGUUAUAUGACCACUUCUCUAUAGCUGACGAGGCAAACAAAUACAAACUAUUUCUGGAAGGACCGGCAACAGGGACACUAGGUGACAGCUUGUUGGUAGGUACUCAGAAUCUGAAUGGAAUGUAUUUCAGCACGCUGGAUCAGGACAAUGAUGUGUACCCCGCCUGGCACUGUGGUGCAGGAAUGGGGGGAGGGUGGUGGUUCAGAAAUUGUUGCUACGCGUUCCUUAAUGGCGCCUGGUUUUCGGGUUCGUUUGGGGUAUCUUGGUUCCCAAAACUCCCCGCUGGAUCAAAGGCGAACGAGACGUUGCUAAUGGUAAAACCACGAUAAACAAUUAUAAAAGAUCUUAGAGAUCAACAAUUUUGUGGGUGUGUAAUUUACCUUGUAUUCGCUUUGUUGUUUGUAAUGUCCCAUUUGCACUCCUAUCGGGACCCCAAUCGCUUUUUAAGUGCUUAAAUCUAACAAAAGGCGUGAGGGUUCUUUUAUGGUGCCUUGACCUUCCGUGACGCUUGUACUUUGUAUCGAACUAAAGACGCAAACGUUCACGUCUUAGGCUCGAUACGGCCACGGUACCAGCUGGGGUUGAAGAACGACAUACCGAUCAUGAAGCUAACGCUCUCAUUAUUGAGUCCUCCUACCCACUUCUGAGCGGGAAAAAUCGCGUGAAAAAAAACUAACCAUAAAUUUGACAUUUCAGAUCUCGAUCAUGGGCAAAUAUAGGGAAAAGUGGCUUACAUGAUUUUCAUAUAAAAUUUUUAUUUGGCACGAGAAGACGAAAAAUCAAGACGCAUAUUUUUGUGUGGUUUUCAUGCUCAUUAUUCUGAAGUGAAAUCAUGUGAACAUCAUCAAUCUUGUAUAUAAUAUGCACUUAGAUCAAUUACCCGUGAAUCUAUAUAAUUUAUAUAAUAAAAUGUUAUCCGAGGAAAGGCAUAAAAAUGACAUGAUUUUCGCAUGGAUAUCAUGUGAUUAAAUUCUGCUUAUAAUAGGGAUUUAGAAGAAGUUGAAAACUUUCUAACUCUUCUAUAUAAUAUAUUUCAUAAAGCAUUAUAAAACAAGAAUUGUUUAGAAUAUUAUUCUAUAUAAUAUGCUAGCUUAAUAUUAUAAACAUAAUAUAUUAUAGUAUAUAUUAAUAAUUCAAAAUCUAUAGAAUAAUUUGUGAAGCAUUAGCCAAAAACAGCGUGCCAAAAAAGU